GGAGUCACGAGAAAGUCCUAGUCCAGGACGCGGCGUCGGUGCAGGUGGAGAAAAGGAGAGUCCGCAGCCGCCGCGCUGGCGCGCGGCUUUACCGUUGACGGUGCCUCUCCGCGCCUACCCCCAGAAGCCUUCGCGGGAUGGCAUCGGCGGGAGGGGGCGGGGCCGGGCGCGCGGCUGCAGCCUCCGCCGCGGCCGCCUGCGCUGCGGCCGGAAACAAUAGUGGAGGAGCCCGAGCCCCGCGGAACUGCUCCUGCGGCGCGCGGAGCCCACGGGGCACUAUGAACGAAGAGGAGCAGUUUGUAAACAUUGAUCUGAAUGACGACAACAUUUGCAGUGUUUGUAAACUGGGAACAGACCAAGAAACCCUCUCUUUCUGCCACGUUUGUUUUGAGCUAAAUAUUGAGGGAGUACCAAAAUCAAAUCUCCUGCACACCAAAUCACUAAGGGGCCAUAAAGACUGCUUUGAAAAAUACCAUUUGAUUGCAAACCAGGAUUGUCCUCGAUCUAAACUUUCAAAAAGUACUUAUGAAGAAGUUAAAACCAUUUUGAGUAAGAAGAUAAACUGGAUUGUACAGUAUGCACAAAAUAAGGAUCUGGAUUCUGAUUCUGAAUGUUCUAAAAAUCCCCAGCAUCACUUGUUAAAUUUCAGGCAUAAGCCAGAUAAGAAGUUACUCCCACAGUUUGACUCCCAAGUUCCAAAGUAUUCUGCGAAGUGGAUAGAUGGAAGUACAGGCGGGCUCUCAAACUGUUCACAGAGCAUAUUGGAGCACAGGGGAAAUACAGACUUCGAGCUUGCAAUGUUGCAAGAUUCAGGUGCCACUCUGUGCCACAACAGUGUAUUGUGGCCUCACAGUCACAACCAGGAACAGAAAAAAGAAGAGAUAAUCUCUAAUCCAGAGGCUGAUGUCCGGAUCCAGCAUCCACGGUACAGCAGAGAGGAAUUGAAUUCGAUGACUCUUGGUGAGGUAAAGCAACUGAAAGCAAAGCUCCGACAGGAAAUACAGGAAGUUUUUGAAGAGUUGACACAUCAAGUUCAAGAAAAAGAUUCUUUGGCCUCAGAGCUCCAUGUCCGCCACGUUGCCAUCGAACAGCUUCUCAAGAACUAUUCCAAGUUACCGUGUCUGCAAGUGGGGCGAACAGGAAUGAAGUCACACCUACCCAUAAACAACUGAACUAAACUUACACUUACUUCCUUUGCCCUCAUGCCCCUACCAUUUAUUGGUCUGCUAGGCAUGCCAACUUUGAAGACGUGGAAGAAAGUCACAGUCCAUUUUUUUAUGGUCAUUAAAUUUGCAAAGCUGAAGGCAGUAUUUAACAUCUUUGUCAAAUAAAGCAGAUCAUUACAGUCUUAGUCUUCUAGGAUUAAUCAUUAUGGUUCGUUUUGGGAAUCUUUCUUCCCAUAAUUACUAAAUGGCCCUGCUUAAUUUACCACAUGUGACUAUUGUUACAGUGUGAUUUUAUUAAACAUAUUUUAAUGUAAUUCACCUAUCAAAACAAUAGAAAAAUUUUUAAAAACUCCUUAGGUUAGUCUGAACUACUAAAGAUAAUUUUAAGAGGGAAAUGGAAUUCAUAAUACACCUCUUAUUUAUUACGAGCAAUAUUUUAAUAUGAAAGUUUUAUAUAUAAAAAUGCUAUUUUAGGUACCUUUCCAUUCUCUUUAUAAAUGUGUAUUUGAAUGCCACUGUAUAUUAUAUUUACACUUUCCUGUGUGAAUAUGUUCAUCCAUAUUUCAUAUCACUGCAUUUUAUUCUCUUAAUACACUCUUUUUACUAUUACCUUGUUUUCCAAAGAUAAAUGUAUUUUGGAGUAGAAAUCUAUCUAGUUGAAUUGUUUUGACUUCUGAUAAAUCUUAUGAAAGAGGAAUUAAUAACUUUUUAAAGCAAGUAUCCAAGGAAAAAAAAGGACGUUAUUUUUUCCCAGCAAAAGCGGUUCUUAGUUAAGAAAGAAAAUGCUAAUCUGGUUUUCAUAUGUCACCUUGUCUCCAUAGAAGUAAAAGCCUCUUCUGCUUCAUUAUUAUUUCCAUUCUAACGACUUCGAUGUGUUAGAAUUUGGACAGAGUAAGUCAAGCCUCACUUCCAAGUCAGUCAAAUGUAGUAUCUGUCAAAUUGAAUGUGCUGCAAGAUUGUUGUCCCGUCUUUGUAAAAAGCUUCAAAUUCUUCUGUUUGCCACUGCAGAUACAAUUCAAGAAUCCUUAAACUGUCCACAUUCUCUUAGCAGCAUCACUGAAAUUAGUGCCCAAAGAAAACAUUGUGAGGUAUUUUUUUCUAAACUUUAGAAUUUAAAGGAGGAGAAGAGAAGACUGCUUGACACAGAAAAAACUGAUUCAAAAAAAAUAAGCCCAUUUCGAAGGGAUAUUCUUGUAAGUUGCCUGUGAUGCUUCCAAAGAAUUCUGAACUAGCUGGUCAUCUCAAACAGCUAGAUAUGUUUUUUAACAAUGUGUUAUGUAGUAAAAGCUAUAACCAGUGCAGAAUUAAAAUGGGCUCUAAAUUCUGUUUUUAGUUGGUGCUUAGAAUGUAUUUAUGAGGUAAGAUUUUUGCUUGAAAGAAUCUGCAGAAAAGCCCAUUAGCUUGGCAGCUUCGUGCAUAAAGAUAGGAAUGACUUCUGUCUUAAAUCUGGCAGCCUGCCCUGGCUUGGGGUCAGAUUUUAGUCUUGAACACAAACAGUAUUUGACUAAGCAGAGAAACGCCUCAAUCUAGUAGAAAACAACUUUUUGUAAUGCUAAGAUGUGUUAAAUUUGCCUCAGAGUAUUGGUUGAUAUCGCAGUUGAUUUUGUUUUAAGUAUGAUGUAACUGUUUUUAGAGCUUUUGAAAAAUGUUUUCAAUUUUUCUCCAUUCUUUGAGUCAUCCAAAAUGAAUUUAAAAUCCAGGGAGUGGGGAUACAUUGCCUUAGUUUUGAUAAGCUUUAAACUGAAUGUGUGCAAUAUCAAAAUCUUUAUAAAUUUACAAGUUGAAUAAAGACAUUUCCUGAUGAUGCCAGUAAAGUG